AUGCCUGCCCAAGAUCAAGAACUCCUGCUGGUCACCGAGGCCGAAAGAAAUGCGAUUUUCAAGCACUACGGCAUCAACGAAGGCGAAUUCGAUGAAAUGGUGAACAUCAUCAGGGAAUGGCACAAGAAAACGAAACUACCGCAAGAAGAUACGAUAAGCGGGAAAAUAAAAAUAGCCCUGUUUAAUUGCAAAAUGGACAUCGAAAAAGCGAAGAGAUGCUUGGAGAGUUAUUACAAAAUCCGAACGGUUCAUUCGGAUUUUUUCGAUAAACUCGUGCCUAACACAAACAUUUAUAAUUUAGCCAAAGAAGCCUCAAAAACUGUGAUAAUGCCCAAAUUAACGCCGGAUUUAUGUCGAAUUACAAUAUUUAGACUCUGCGAUCCCAACGCUAAUGUACCGGAUGGGCUGAUCUAUGAAUUGGUAUCUUUCUUGGGUGUCGAAUACAGGAUAUUUUCGGGCGAUACGUUUUACAGCAACACAUUGAUAAUAGACCUGAAAGGCUUCGGGUUUCACAAUUUAAUGAAAUAUUCACCGGGCGUUUGUAACACGUUAAUACAUUGUUUGGUGUCGGUUAAACUGCGACUUAAAAAUCUCCAUUUCGUCAAUUUACCGCCCAUAAUGGACAAAGUUAUGGGUAUGGUCAAAAUGUUUUUGCCUUCCAAGAUGCACGAUAAGGUAAAAGUACAUCAAACUUACGAGAGCUUAUACGAGUCUAUUCCAAAAGAAUAUUUACCCUCGAAUUACGGAGGAACGGAAGCUUCCAUUGAGGAAUUAGAAGAAAAAUGGUGCAAGUUAUUGGAAUCGAAAGAAGACGAAUUCAAGUUGCUUCUAAAAGCAAAAUGCCACGAUCUUUUAGACGAAAAACCUUCGAAAAACCACAACGACCAAGUAGAAGGAUCAUUCAGGAAAUUAAACAUAGAUUAG